AUUUUAAAUUAUCAAAUUUACACACGAGUAAAUAUUCCCUCCCAUUGAGCCACGCGUUUUCGGCCUUCACACGAAUGAAUGCUUGACUGCAAAAUAAUAGAAUAUAGUUGUUCUGACAACUCAAACGACGUCGCUCACCUUCCUUAAUCUAAUUACAGUGUACUAUGUAUCUGUCUCAAACAGACAACUGUAAAGUGCCUUCCCUUCACUCAACAGAGCUAUAAUCAGCUAUGCCUUCUCUCCACACAGUAAGAAUUGCUGCUGCCAUCACCAUCACCAUCAUCGUCCUCAUCAUCAGGGUAUCAACGGCCAGGGAGCUACGCCCUUCUGAUCAUGGUCUGGAGUACCAGAGCCAGCCGCCGACUGGGCUCAAGUCACCGGGGAUGAUGUCCUUCUUCGCACCAACAUCGAAUUCCUCCUCUUCGACGCCGCCUAAGAUGGCGCUGCCGAAGGCUAUAAAUUCCAAUGAGACGUCGUGGUGGGUGGGAGCAGGCCGCAAUCGGUGGGGGAGUGAUCACGUGAGGCAUGUGCUGGUGUUGGGGAGCUUGAUUUGUGGCGUCACAGCAGAAGCUUUGUAGCCUCGUUGAAUUUGGGAAUGACCGGUUUUUAAUUUCUUAGAGAGAAUUCCUGA